AUGCCUGUUACUACUCGUGCAGCAGCAUUGAAAGCUCAAGCUAAUGCCCAUUUGACUCUGGAAACUUCUUCAACUGCUUCAGGUGCUGUACUCACACUUGCAGAUACCUAUGAACAAUCUCAUGAAGUCGUAGUACAGCAGGCAAUCAAUGUGAAAGUUGAACCAGCAUGUUCAUCUCCAGAAACAAAGCCGAUUUCUCCCUCAGCAUCCCCGUCGAAAGAAGAUGAUAAUCAUUCUGUCAUAUCAUUGCAAUCAUCAGAAAACGAUGAAAACGAUUCCAUGCAUGUAUCAGUCACCGAAGGAGAAAUAAUAACUGAUGAAUCGACGCGGGGUGGAAAAAUGGUUUUCAUGAAUGGUUUUGCGUAUCUAUAUACGGGUAUGUCAAAGGAUGCAACUGGCUGGCGAUGCGCCCGAAGAAAUGAGAAUUGCAAAGUCGUUAUACAUAUUUCGAAAUUAACAGGAAAACUCAAAGCAUGGAAUGGUGUGUACCAUUGUCAUCAAUCUGAUAAGCGUGAAAAUCAAAAACGUGAGAUCCUUAACGAAAUCAAACAUCGUGUUCUUGAUAAAUACAAAUCAAUCAAGAUGAUAAUCGAAGAAGAAUAUAGAAAGGCUAAUCUAUCAGAGGAAGAGAAGCGAACAAUGCCUCUCCCAUCUCAAAUCGAAUCAGGUUUACAGAAGUUAAGUAGAAAAGCGUUGCCACCAUUGCCACAAACCCAAAAGUUCGAUUUACCAUUAGUUUAUCAAGAAACUUAUUCACAUCAGAAGUUUCUUAUCUAUGAUAAACGCAAAACAAUUUACGGUGGCCGUCUUAUGAUUUUCGCGUCUGAAGAACAAUUGAGUGUUUUAUAUCACUCAGAUUUUUAUUUGCCGAUGGCACUUUCAAAGCAUCACCAAAGUUAUUCGAUCAACUCUAUGUAUUGCAUGGGAUGCAAGAUGGCGAAGGUACGAAUUUUCUAUCAUUUCAAUUAA